AUGCCGUGGGUCGAGGCGCUGGCGAAACAGCGGGAAGAGGAGGAAGCGGCGCAGCAGCGGGGGCGAGAUGAUGGUGCCGCGAUGGGAGGUGGGAAGGAGACGGCGGGAGCGCCGUCGGGGGUGAGAGUAGAUCUGGAGCCGAAGAGGAUGAGUGAGAGCUAUUAUCGGACUAUAUUGCCUCUUGCGCAGGACCCGUGGCUGCUGGAUACAUAUCUCAAUGCCUCCGGACAUAUCAGGCUUGGGUCUCUUCUCAUGGACCUCGAUGCCCUCGCUGGCGUGGUUGGUUACCAACAUACGGGCGACAACGUCACUAUGGUCACGGCCGCCGUGGAUCGAAUCGUGAUUGAAAACCCGCUAAAGGAAAUCUGCGAUCUCGAACUGAGCGGCCAGGUCACGUAUGCCACGGGCCGUUCGAGCAUUGAGGUAUCGCUGCAGGUCGCGAAAGCGCCGGCGACGCCGGGCCAGGAAGUCCGGCCGGAAGACGUCUUGAUUACCUGUGCGUUUACGAUGGUCUCGCUGGAUCCGGCGACUAAGAAGCCGGUGAAUGUUCCACCGCUUUUGAUUGAGACGGCAGAAGAACGGCGAUUAUUUGAGAAAGGGGAGCAGAACUAUAAUGCAAAACGGGCAUUACGGUCGCGAAGUCUGCGUCAGGAGACGCCGAAUGAUGAAGAGAGUGAUCUUAUUCAUGCUAUGUGGAUUACUGAGUUAGCAUACAAAGACCCCCAAAACCCCAUUGUGCGCCCUGACAACGUGAUUCCAAUGCAAGAGACGGCGCUGCGGUCGGCUCAGAUCAUGCAGCCGGAGUACCGCAACCGCCAUAACUUCAUGAUCUUCGGCGGCUACCUGCUGCAGCAAACGUUCGAGCUGGCAUUCUGCUGCGCAGCAUCCUUUUCCCACAGUCGGCCGACAUUCCUCUCGCUCGACCCCAGCACGUUCGACAAUCCCGUGCCGGUAGGAAGCGUGCUGUAUCUCAAGGCGGUGAUAUCAUACACGGAUCCGCCGCUGGCGUCCGCGGGCCCCACGACUACGACCUCGGCGGCCGCCGGCAGCGGCGGGCCUGGCGCCUCCUCCGCAGGGAGAAGAAGAUUCACGAAGGUGCAGGUACGCGUCGACUCGUCGGUUCGUGACGUCUCGCACGGCGCAAAGAAGCCCACGGGCGUGUUUAAUUACACGUUCCUGGUCGAGAGGGAUAUGCAAGUCAUGCCGAGAAGCUACGGAGACUUUAUGGUUUGGGUGGAUGCGAAGAGGAGGGCGAUCGCGACCGACAAGAGUUUGCCGGAGUGGGCGGUCAGCAGCAUGGCGAAUGGCGAGAAGGACUGGGAGGCGCUGGGGGAGCAGGUCAGAGAGGGCGUCACGGAGUGA